AGGAUGCUACUGAGCUUCCUGUCAGAGAAGACCAUCUCUUAUGCUGGAUGUCUGACACAGAUGUAUUUUAUUUAUGCUCUGGGCAACACUGACAGCUACCUCCUGGCGGUUAUGGCCCUUGACCGCUAUGUGGCCAUCUGUGACCCCUUCCACUAUGUCACCACCAUGAACCACCACCGCUGUGUCCUGCUGGUGGCCUUUUCCUGCUCACUUCCUCACCUCCACUCACUCCUACACACACUGCUACUGAAUCGUCUCACCUUCUGUGACAACAAUGUUAUCCAUCACUUCCUCUGUGACCUCAGUCCCCUGAUGAAAUUGUCCUGCUCCUCCACAUUUCUCAAUGAAAUUGUGAUAAUGUCAGAAGGCUCUGUUGUUUUGGUGACCCCCUUUGUGUGCAUCACUUUCUCUUACAUACGAAUCCUCAUCACAGUUCUCAAGAUCCCCUCAGCUGCUGGGAAACGCAAAGCCUUCUCCACCUGUGGCUCUCACCUCACUGUGGUAACCCUCUUUUAUGGAAGCAUCUUCUACGUCUAUUUACAGCCCCUGUCCACCUACACUGCCAGGGACCACAUAGCAACACUUGUCUACACAGUUCUUACCUCCAUGCUGAACCCUUUUAUCUAUAGCCUGAGAAACAAAGACCUGAAACAGGGCCUGAGGAAGCUGAUGGGCAGGAGGAAAUCCCAGGCAGCACCCUCUUGA